AUGGCCGAGGAGACCAAGCAGGAGGCCGCUGCGGCGGCGGCGGUGGCGGAGGUGGCCGUGACGGAGCCGGAGCCGGAGACCAAGGCGGAGGACAAGGCCGUCGAGGUGGAGAAGGUGGACGAGGCGGCGGCCGCGGCCAAGGAGGAGGAGGAGGAGGAGAAGAAGAUGGAGGAGGCGGUGGCGGAGGCCGGCGCCGACGAGGCGGCGGUGAUCGAGGGCAGCACCGCCUCCUUCAAGGAGGAGAGCAACCUCGUCGCCGACCUCGCCGACCCCGAGCAGAAGGCCCUCGCCCAGCUCAAGGAGCUUGUCGCCGCCGCGCUCGCCAGCGGGGAGUUCGACCUGCCCCCGCCCCCGCCCCCGCCCGCUCCGGCGGCCGAGGAGCCUGCCAAGACCGACGAGCCAGCCAAGAGCGAUGUGGCGGCCGAGAGCAGCGAGCCCAAGGCCGAGGCCCCCGCACCGGAGGAGCCCAAGGCGGAGGCGCCGACCCAGGAGGAGCCCAAGGCCGAGGAGCCUGCCAAGGAGGAGUCCAAGGCGGAGGCGCCGGACCAGGAGGAGCCCAAGGCCGAGGCACCGGCGGCGGUGGCUGUCGUGGAGGAGCCCAAGGCGGAGGCACCGGCGGCGGUGGCUGCCGCGGAGGAGCCCAAGGCGGAGGUGACGGCCGAGGAGGCCAAGCCGGAGGAGAAAACCGUCGUGGUGGCCGAGGAGGAAGGCACCAAAACCGUGGAGGCCAUCGAGGAGACCGCCGUCCCCGCCGCGUCGGAGCCGGAGGCAGCGCCCGCUGCCGAGCCGAAGGAGGAGCUGAUCUGGGGCGUGCCGCUGGUGGGCGGCGACGAGCGCACGGACACGGUGCUCCUCAAGUUCCUCCGCGCGCGCGAGUUCAAGGUCAAGGAGGCCAUGGCGAUGCUCAAGGCGGCCGUGCUGUGGCGCAAGAGCUUCGGCAUCGACGCGCUCCUCGGCGCCGACCUCGGAGUGCCGGAGCUGGAGAACGUGGUGUUCUACCGCGGCGCCGACCGCGAGGGCCACCCCGUCUGCUACAACGUCUACAGCGAGUUCCAGGACAAGGACCUCUAUGAGAAGGCCUUCGGCGACGACGAGAAGCGGGAGCGCUUCCUCAAGUGGCGCAUCCAGCUCCUCGAGCGCGGCAUCCGGGAGCAGCUCGACUUCUCGCCCAGCGGCAUCUGCUCCAUGGUGCAGGUCACCGACCUCAAGAACUCGCCACCCAUGCUCGGCAAGCACCGCGCCGUCACUCGCCAGGCGCUCGCGCUGCUCCAGGACAACUACCCUGAGUUCAUCGCCAAGAAGGUGUUCAUCAAUGUGCCAUGGUGGUAUCUCGCGGCAAACAAGAUGAUGAGCCCGUUCCUCACACAGCGCACCAAGAGCAAAUUCACGUUUUGCAGCCCAGCCAAGACCGCCGAGACCCUAUUCAGAUACAUCGCGCCGGAGCAGGUCCCUGUCCAAUUUGGCGGCCUCUACAAAGAGGAUGAUACUGAAUUCUCCACUUCUGAUGGCGUGACCGAGCUCACUGUCAAACCUUCUUCCAAAGAAACUGUUGAGAUUCCUGCUACUGAGAACUCCACGGUCGUGUGGGAGCUCCGUGUGCUUGGAUGGGAGGUGAGCUACGGCGUGGAGUUCACCCCGGACGCAGAGGGCGGCUACACUGUCAUCGUGCAGAAGACGAGGAAGGUGCCCGCCAACGAGGAGCCAAUCAUGAAGGGUAGCUUCAAAGCGGGCGAGCCUGGCAAGGUCGUGCUCAUCGUCAACAACCCGACAUCGAAGAAGAAGAAGCUGCUGUGCCGAUUCAAGGUGAAGAGCUCCACCGAAGCCUCCGCCUGA